AGGUUAGAGGUUAUCUGGACAUGUGUAGUUAUCCACAACAACCGCAGCCUCCUUUAAGUGGAAACCUUGCCCUCUGUCCUGUGCAACCUUUGAUAUCUUCCCCUUUCAGAUAUCUGGAGGUCCGAGCGGUCACUGUCCGUGAAUGAGCGCCGCUGAGCGGAACCAUAAUCCCGCUGGAAACAACCGCCCGGAGCCGCUGGACUGCUGCGGAGGACUAAACAACGUCGACUACUCUAAGAUGGAUUUGACGCUGAUGGAAGAACUCCUGAAACACAUUAACUUUCAUGACUCCAGCUUUUGUGUCGCUGUGAUUGCCAUCAUUUUCAACCCUUUCUUCUGGAAUGUGGUGGCGAGAUGGGAGCAUCGCACGCGGGGCCUCUCCAGGCUCUUCGGCAGUCCAUACCUGGCCUGUUACGCUCUGGGCUUCGUCAUCGUUCUGCUAAAUGUGUACCGCAGCCACAGUAUGACAGUGGCGAUGAGGGCCCAGGCCAGAUGGGAGGUGAUGGACAGGACGGACGUUUUCUACGUUGGGAUAGCUCUCAUGGUGCUGGGAACUCUGCUGGUGGUCAGCAGCUUCCUCGCUCUGGGAUUCACUGGAACCUUCCUUGGCGACUACUUUGGCAUUCUGAUGGAUGAGAAGGUGACUGGGUUCCCCUUCAGCGUCACAGAGAACCCGAUGUACUGGGGCAGCGCUGCCAACUACCUCGGCCUGGCACUCAUUGGUGCCAGUCCUGUUGGUCUCGUCCUGACUGCUAUAGUAGCCGUGGCUUACAAGGUGGCAAUAAGAUUUGAGGGACCAUUCACCGAACAGAUCUAUCAGGAGAGGAGUCAGCGACGCAAGCAUGAAUAAUUGCCUCCCUCCCAGGCACUUCUUCCCUCCUCUCGGCUGGUGCUGAGGGAUUCCCAUCCUGUCAUGUGGACAGACACACCGAGCAGCAUUCUGGGUCAUUAAUCGACCUCCAGCGUGGAUACAAAGGAAACGUUCACACUGCUAAUUUAGCCUAUAUGAGUGGACAUGUGGCCAUUUUCCUAAUGUACUUUAAUUCUGGACCACGUGACUGUGAAUACUGAGAAUGUCAAGUACAAGGAAUACACUGAUGUAUCUGGAGAUGAGAAUAUUGAUACCACAAAGAGAAAUUUCACUCGUACUACACAUGAAAAUCUAUUUAUAAGUUUUGGAUAUUCCCACUGCACAUGUGAAAAAUGUUCCAUCCCUUUGUGGUUCUAUGUCUGUGCUUGAGGCUAGAAGCUCGAGGCUACAUCAGCCGCUAUCAACUUUACAGAAAACCUUUUAUGCAUGACAUAAAAAAGUCAAUAUCUCUGGUUCUUCUGCAAUUGAUUCUGCAUUAUAUAGGUGUCAUAAAAAAACAGGGAAGUCUUUCUUUAAGUAUGGAGCUAGAGCUAGAAGGUAAUUAGCCUAGCGUAGCAUAAAGGCUUGAAUCAGGUGGAAAUAGCUCAUUUGACUGAUGUACCAACAACUGUAAAGCUCACUAAGAUUUGUUUUAUCACCAUAUAAAUGGUUAUAUGCCAACAUAGAUGCUGUACAGAUGUAAGUAGAAAUGUCAGAAUAGGCUGUUUCUUAGUCUUUAUGCUAAGCUAGGAUAACUAUCUCACUGCUCCAGCUCCAUAGUCCACACACAGACAUGACAGUGCUAUCAAUCUUCUCAUCGAACUCUCUGCAAGAAAACCAGUACUUGUGUUGCUAAACAUGUUGAGCUGUUCUUCAAGAGGUACGCCAGGCUACAUUUCUACUGUAUGUACAGUAAAAACACAGAGCAAAUCAACGAGAGAGAACAGGAACCCAUAAAACCUUAUCUGAGAUCUAUCUUACUGCAAAUUUAUGUCAGGAAUUGCAGAGAAAUGUUGCCACAGGUGAAAGUUAAAGGUAUACAACCCAGUCCCAACUGGUUUCAAAGGCUACAUCCACACUAAUACUGCAUUUUUGUUUCAGAAAUAAUCUCCACACAUAUUAACACACCUCAAAAACCAGAUUACAUGACCGUUUACGUAGACAUGCAGGUAUAAACAUGAAGCAGUGGUUCCAUUGUUGGGUUCUAGUAAACACUACAGAGGAAGAACAGCACCGGCAUGAAGUACAACCAGAUAUUUCCUUGACUUCACAACAGCUGCCAGCAUAGACAACAAGGCCUGUAGCCUAAUUUUUUUUAUCUAUGUUGAAUUAACUACUGAUAGUCAAUAGUUAUGGCUGCAUGCUAAACUGCAUACCAUUUCUUUUUUUUUUUAGUACAGCAGCUCUUGCAAAGUACGUACGCAUGCAACUGGGACAUAUGGCUUUAUCAUAAUAUUGCACCUUAAACUCUGACCAUCUUGC